AUGAAGGCAAGUACAUCCAUUCAAUGUGGAAAGUAUUUCAAAAGUAGAUCGGAGUUCUUUGUGCACCAAAGAACCCAUAGAGGCAAGAAACGUUUUGGCCAUAUUCAAGAACAUAGAAAAAGCCACACAGGGGAGAAACCGUUUGAAUGCUCAGAGUGUAAAAAGAAAUUCACUCACAGUGGCCAUCUUCAAAGGCAUCAGAGAACCCACACAGGGGAGAAACGUUUUGAAUGCUCAGAGUGUGGAAAGAGAUUCAGUCGCAGUGGCCGUCUUCAAAGCCAUCAGAGAACCCACACAGGGGAGAAACCUUUUGAAUGCUCAGAGUGUGCAAAGAGAUUCAGUGACAGUGGCUAUCUCCAAAAGCAUCAGAGAACCCACACAGGGGAGAAACCUUUUGAAUGCUCAGAGUGUGGAAAGAGAUUCAGUGAGAGUGGCAGUCUUAAAAGCCAUCAGAGAACCCACACAGGAGAGAAACCUUUUGAAUGCUCAGAGUGUGGAAAGAGAUUCAGUCACAGUGCCAGUCUUCAAAGCCAUCAGAGAACCCACACAGGGGAGAAACCUUUUGAAUGCUCAGAGUGUGGAAAAAGAUUCAGUCAGAGUGGCAGACUUCAAAGCCAUCAGAGAACCCACACAGGGGAGAAACCUUUUGAAUGCUCAGAGUGUGCAAAGAGAUUCAGUGACAGUGGCUAUCUUCAAAAGCAUCAGAGAACUCACACAGGGGAGAAACCUUUUGAAUGCUCAGAGUGUGGAAAGAGAUUCAGUCGGAGUGGCAGUCUUCAAAGCCAUCAGAGAACCCACACAGGGGAGAAACCUUUUGAAUGCUCAGAGUGUGGAAAGAGAUUCAAUCGAAGUCACAGUCUUCAAAGCCAUCAGAGAACCCACACAGGGGAGAAACCUUUUGAAUGCUCAGAGUGCGGAAAGACAUUCAGUCAAAGUGGCCAUCUUCAAAGCCAUCAGAGAACCCACACAGAGAAACCUUUUGAAUGCUCAGAGUGUGGAAAGAGAUUCAGUGACAGUGGCUAUCUUCAAAAGCAUCAGAGAACUCACACAGGGGAGAAACCUUUUGAAUGCUCAGAGUGUGGAAAGAGAUUCAGUCGGAGUGGCAGUCUUCAAAGCCAUCAGAGAACCCACACAGGGGAAAAACCUUUUGAUUGCUCAGAGUGUGGAAAGAGAUUCAGUCAAAGUGGCCAUCUUCAAAGCCAUCAGAGAACCCACAUAGGGGAGAAGCCUUUUGAAUGCUCAGAGUGUGGAAAGAGAUUCAGUCGGAGUGGCAAUCUUCAAAGGCAUCAGAGAACCCACACAGAGGAGAAGCCUUUUGAAUGCUCAGAGUGUGGAAAGAGAUUCAGCCAGAGUGGCGAUCUUCAAAAGCAUCAGAGAACCCACACAGGGGAGAAACGUUUUGAAUGCUCAGAGUGUGGAAAGAGAUUCAGCCAGAGUGGCCAUCUUAAAAGCCAUCAGAGAACCCACACA